UACCGGGGCACGGUGCUCCUGCCGGAGACGAGCUUCGGCCAGCGCGCGAACGCGAUCAACAAGGAGCCCGAGCUCCAGAAGUUCUGGGCGGACACGAAGGUCUACGAGCGGCUCUGGGCCGACGCGCCCGGCGCCGCGUUCACGCUCCACGACGGCCCGCCCUACGCCAACGGCGACCUCCACAUCGGCCACGCGCUCAACAAGGUGCUCAAGGACUUCAUCAACCGCUACCGGUCGCUCCGGGGCGACAAGGUGCGCUACGUGCCCGGCUGGGACUGCCACGGCCUGCCCAUCGAGCUCAAGGUGCUCCAGGCGAUCAACGCGGAGAACAAGAAGAUCAAGAAGAAGACGGGCGCGACGCCGCCGCCCCUGACGCCCCUGGAGCUGCGCCGGCGCGCCGCGGGCUUCGCGGAGGAGACCGUGGCCGCGCAGCGCGACAGCUUCCGGCGCUACGGCGUCUGGGCCGACUGGGACGCGCCCUACCUCACGCUCCAGCCGGCCUACGAGGCGGCGCAGCUCCGCGUCUUCGCGACCAUGUUCGAGCAGGGCCACAUCUACCGCGGCCUCAAGCCCGUCUGGUACUCGCCGUCGUCGCGGACCGCGCUCGCGGAGGCCGAGCUCGAGUACCCGGACGGCCACACGUCGCCGUCCGUCUACGCGGCCCUGGACGUGCUCGAGCCGUCGGCGGGCCUCGCGGCCGUCGCGGGCGGCGCGGACGCGAAGCUCGCCGUGUGGACGACGACGCCCUGGACGCUGCCCGCGAACCUCGCGGUCGCGGUGAACGGCGACCUCGACUACGCCGUCGUCGACUCGCCGAAGGGCGCCCUGGUCGUCGCCGUGGACCUCGUGGACGCGCUGGCGGCCAAGUUCGCCUGCGAGUUGACGGUGCGAGGGUCGCUCAAGGGCGCGGCGCUCGCGGGGACGACGUACGCGCGGCCCGUGGCGAACGGCGCGCUCGGCGCGAGGCCCGCGGCCGUAGUCGUCGGCGGCGACUACAUCACGUCCGAGGGGGGCACGGGCCUCGUGCACACGGCGCCGGGCCACGGCAUGGACGACUACCAGACGGGCCUGAAGCACGACCUGCCGCCGUUCUCGCCCGUCGACGCCGCGGGCAAGUUCACGGCCGACGCGGGCGACGGCCUCGAGGGGCUGCCCGUGCUCGGCGCCGGCGGCGAGGAGAUCGCGGCGCGCCUCGAGGCCGCGGGCAACCUGCUCCUGGCCGAGCCCUACGAGCACCGCUACCCCUACGACUGGCGCACGAAGAAGCCCGUGCUCAUGCGCGCGACGGACCAGUGGUUCGCGUCCGUGAGCUCGUUCCGCCAGGACGCGCUCGACGCCAUCGACGCCGUGAAGUGGACGCCGCCCGUGGGCCGCAACCGCAUCGCGGCCAUGACGGAGCAGCGCGGCGACUGGUGCAUCUCGCGGCAGCGGAGCUGGGGCGUGCCGCUGCCCGUCUUCUACGCCAAGGCCACGGGCGAGCCCCUCGUGACGCCGGAGACGCUCGAGCACGUCGAGGCGCUCGUGGCCGAGAAGGGCUCCGACGCCUGGUUCGAGCUCGACGUCGCGGACCUGCUGCCGCCGGGCGAGCUCCGCGACGCGGCGGACGACUACGUCAAGGGCACGGACACGAUGGACGUCUGGUUCGACAGCGGCACGUCCUGGGCCGGCGUCGUCGAGCAGCGCGCCGAGCUCGGCAAGGGCGGCGGCGCGCCCGCGGACCUCUACCUCGAGGGCAGCGACCAGCACCGGGGCUGGUUCCAGAGCUCCUUACUCACGUCCGUCGCGUGCCGCGGCGCGGCCGGCGGCGGCAACAAAGGCGCGCCCUACAAGGCCGUGCUCACGCACGGCUUCGUCCUCGACGAGAAGGGCUUCAAGAUGUCCAAGAGCCUGGGCAACGUCGUCGACCCGCGGGUCGUCAUCGAGGGCGGCAAGAACGCCAAGGUCGACCCGCCGUACGGCGCGGACGUGCUCCGGCUCUGGGUCGCGUCCGUCGACUACACGGCGGACGUGCGCCUGGGCAAGAACGCGCUGAAGCAGGUCUUCGAGCAGUACCGCAAGCUGCGGAACACACUCCGCUACAUGGCGGGCAACGUCAACGGCGCGCCGACGCGGGGCACGGACGCGUUCGCGGCCUACGACGCGCGCGACGCCCGCACCUACGCGUCCCUGCCGGACCUCGACAAGUGGCUCCUGGGCCGUUUAGGCGCCCUCGAGCGCGAGUGCUUCGACGCCUACGAGAACUACCAGUUCUCGCGCGCCGUCGGCGCGAUCUCGGCCUUCGCCGUCAACGAGCUCAGCGCGCUCUACCUCGACGUCGCCAAGGACCGCAUGUACGUGUCGCCGGCGAAGGCGGGCCGCCGCGUGACGUGCAUGGCGACGCUCGUGGCCUGCCUCGACGUGCUCCCGCGGCUUUUAGCGCCCUUGCUGCCGCACCUCGCCGAGGAGCUCUUCCAGGCUUUACCCUACGCGGCCGGCGACGCCUACAGCGCGGAGCGCGGCUCCGUCUUCGACCUCCGCGGCGACCCCUGGGACGGAACCAACCUCGCGCCCUACGCGGCGCACGAGGAGGCCACGUUCGCCGCCGUGCGCGCCUUCCGCGACGACGCGAACCGCGCGCUCGAGGCCGCGCGGCGCGACAAGGUGUUGGGCGCGUCGCUCGACGCGACGGUCUACGCGGCGCCGCCGGCCGACCCGGCGCUCAAGGCCGCCUUCGAGGCCGCGCUCGGGCCCCUCGCGGCCGCGGGCAAGAUCGCGCCCCACGCGGCCGAUGCGCCGGACUGCGUCGACGACCUCCGCUUCCUCCUCCUCGUCUCCGACGUCGUCUUCGUCGACGCGCCCGCGGACGUGCUCGCGGCCUGCGACGCGGCCCACGUCGUCGCCGCCGAGGACAGCGAGACCAAGGCCACGGUCGGCGCCGCGCCGGCGACGGCGCUCCGCUGCCUCCGCUGCUGGUACCACGAGGACUCCGUCGGCGACUCGCCGGACCACCCGACGCUCUGCGCGCGCUGCGACGACGCCGUCAAG